AUGUCGGGCAUGAUGGGAAAUGUAGGCGUCGAGCGAAGGGGUAGAUGGGAAAUGGAGUUCGCCGUAGACCUUUGCGUUGAGGCACGGCGGAGGACUCUGGACACCCCCUUGCCGCUCGCGAGCCCCGAAACUGCCCCCCCAACUUGUUCGGGCUACCAGGCGGCUGCGAAUGCCCGGCGCUGCAUCAGGGCGCAGGGCGACCAAGGCAAAGCGUGCGUGGCCGCCCCCGCCCUGGACGCCCUGGUGGAGCGGGUGCUGGCGGCCGGCCGGCUAGGGCGCACGGUGUUCGCCAACACCUCGGACGUCACCUGGGACUUCGCCUCGGCCUUCUUCUUCACCAGCACCUUGGUCACGACCGUGGGCUACGGGUACACGACGCCACUGACCGACUCUGGCAAGGCCUUUGCCAUUGUCUUCGCGCUCCUGGGCGUGCCGGCCACCAUGCUGCUGCUGACUGCCUCGGUGCAGCGCCUGUCGGUGCUGCUGACCCACAAGCCCCUGGCCUGGCUGAGCCUGCGGAGGGGCUGGGAGCCUCGGCAGGCGGCCCGCUGGCACCUGGUGGCCCUGCUGGUGGUUGUGCUGGUCUUCUUCUUCCUGGUGCCCGCCGCAGUCUUUGCCUACCUGGAAGAGUCCUGGAGCUUCCUGGAUGCCUUGUACUUCUGCUUCAUCUCCCUGUCCACCAUUGGCCUGGGCGACUACGUGCCUGGGGAGAGCCCCGGGCAGCCCUACGGAGCCCUCUACAAGGUGCUGGUCACAGUCUACCUCUUCCUGGGCCUGGUUGCCAUGGUGCUGAUCCUGCAGACCUUCCGCCAUGUGUCCGACCUCCACGGCCUCACGGAGCUCAUCCUGAUGCCCGUAGCACAGCCCUCCAGUGAGGAGGACGACCAGGAGGACAUCCUGGACCAUUCGCCAGAGCCUCGCCAGCAGCUCACUGCCAGCGCCCAUGCCAACUACGCCUCCAUCUCCAGGUAGCCAGGCAGGCAUGCCAAGGCUGAGUGGAAGCUGUGUUGGCCUGUCCCCCGGAUCAGAGGGGGCCACACAAGACAGUCCAUGCGUCUCUAGCCUUUGUGGACCGCCCCAGGUUGGACAUGGGCUGGGAGGGGGGGGAGCGGUGUCCUCUUCUCCCCCUUCUCUGGUUGUUCUCUCACACAUGGGGCCCCCUGGGCUCCUGGCCUUUCCCGUUCUCCCUCUCUGUGUGCCCCUCCCUCCACCUCCUGCACUCAACCACUAGCCGGAUGCUGCUUGGACCAGGCAAGGGAAGUGGGGGGCGGGGAGGGGUCGUCAGGCCUCCUUUGGGGCCCUGGGGAAGCUAUUGCCCCUCUCUGAGCCUCAAUGUCCUCAGCUGUCAAAUGGGAAGAACCUACUCACUCUCAGAAGCCCCUUGCUAGAUGAUGCCAGGUACACGCUCAUGGCCACAAAUGGGCUGGGACCCUGCUGUUCUGGGCGCUCGGUGGCAGGCCAGGUGGUGAGGGCUGGAGGACAGGUGGAGCAGAGUGAUUGGGCGGGGGCAGGAUGGAGGAAACCCAGGAGAGAAUGUCUCGGGCCCCCCUGAGGGAUCAGCGAGGGCUUCCUGGAGGAAGGGACAGCGGUUUGGAGAGUGGCAGAAAGACGACCAGAAAUCGGACCUGACCCCUUGCACAACUAUCUAACUCCAGGGAACUGACUUCCUGCAUGGAGCGUCCUGGGGCAGCCCUGGGCCAAUGCAGUCUUCCUCAUCGGGGAGGAUCUCAGCCAGAUCCCAACGGCACGGGAGACUGGCUGCUCCCAGCAACAACACCGACACAGCCCCCCCUUCCAUGAGCACCGCUCAUCUGCCCUGACCUGGGCUCUGGAGCCAGCCUGCCUGGAUCUAGCUCCCCUUCGGCUACAUCUUGGCUGUGUGUCCUUGGGCUCGUCGCUUCACCACUCUAACCCUCGGUCUCCUCGUCUUCAAAGUAGCUACCUCGGGAGAUGUCGCGGAGCCUGGCCUGGUGUUCUGUGAUGCUGGCUCGGGCCAGGCCCUGUGCUCGGUGCUUCACAGACUAGCCAGAUGACAUUGGCAUCUCCUUCCGGCAGAUGGAGAGCCUGCGGCAUGGGAGAGAAGGGCUCUUGCCUCAGGCACGGAGUCAGGAAGCAAUCGACCAAAACUUAAGCGCCCCCCAGCCUGGUGUUUGCCCCCUUCUAAGCUGGUACAUCAUCAACAGCCCUCACUGCCAAGGAGUGCUAGUGAGCUCUUUCUCUGAGCCAAGCCCGUGGAGGUUAUCGGAGGGGAUGGAGCAUUUGAGCUGGUCCUUCCUAGAUCAACAGACUGUGGCUUGCUAGCAAGCACACACAGGGAGGGCAUUCCCCACACAAGGAACUUUGCGGGCAAAGACCUGGAGGCGUGAAUGCAUGGUAGACAGCAGCUGGGGCUGAGUUUGCUAUGACUGGAGUCUGCAGUGAAUGGGGGUAUAGAGUGGGGUUGGGGAUGGGUGGCGUAUAGGACAGGGAGGUGAAAUGAACUGGAGUAGAGUGUGGAAUGGGAUAUGGAGUGAAUGGGGUAUGGAGUGAAUGGCAGUAUACCGUAUUGAGUGGGGGAAUGGAGUGAGCAGCAGUAUAGAGUAUUGAAUGGGGUAUGGAGUGAAUGGGAAUAUAAAGUAUUGAAUGAGGAUGUGGAGUGAGUGGCAGUAUAGAGUAUUGAAUGGGGGUAUGGAGUGAGUAGGAGUGUAGAGUAUUGAAUGAGGGUAGGGUGUGAGAGGGAGUGUUGAGUAUUAAAUGAGGAUAUGGAGUGAAUGGAAGUAUAGAGUAUUGAAUGGGGGUAUGGAGUGAGUGGGAGUGUAGAGUAUUGAAUGGGGGUAUGGAGUGAGUGGGAGUGUAGAGUA